AAAAAUAUAAACUGGCUUUUGAGAGUAGAAUUAUUUUUUUAAACUGUCAUACACAUCCGUAGCAGUAGGUGGCAUCCAGAGCUAUAAGCUAUAGCUGGUUGGCAGCGGCCAAAAACCACGAAGAAGAAACCAGGAAGUUAACCUCGUGUGCUGGUGGUGUGGUUUUUUUUAUACGACAGUGUGAGACGGGGCGCUUUACCAAAAAAGAGAUUUAAUACGCAUUUUUGGAGGAGUCACCUCAUUGAACAAGUUUCCAUGGCCUCCUAUACCUGCAUCAGCUGCCGAGUGGCUUUUGCAGAUGGCGAGGUGCAGCGAGCUCACUACAAAACCGACUGGCACCGCUACAACCUGAAGCGCAAGGUGGCCGACAUGCCACCGGUCACUGCCGAAAACUUCCAGGAGCGCGUGCUGGCACAGCGGGCAGCCGCUGAACAGCAGCUGAACGAUGCAGCGGCCAUGGAGGGCUGCGCUGUCUGCAGCAAGAAGUUCUCCACCACCAAUGCCUACCAGAACCACCUGCAGUCCCACAAACACCAGCAGGCAGAGAAGCAGGCCCUGCUUGCCGCCCAGAGGAAGGUGGAGAAAAUGAACGAGAAGAACCUGGAGAAGGGACUCGGCGACGAGAAGGUGGAUCACGACGCCAGGAACGAGGCCCUGCAGCAGGCCUUGAAAGAGCAGCAGAGGUCGAGCCCGGCAAAGCAAGGAACAGCCCAGACAUCAGAAGUAGCAACGAGGCAGAGGACGAAGAAGCUGGAGAAACCUCCCAGGAUGAUGUGGCUGGAGGAGCAGGCCAAGAGGCGAGAGAGAGAAGAGGGAGCCACAGCUGGGGAAGAGGAUUGGGAGGACGUUGAGGAGGAGGAAGAGGAUGAUGAUGAAGAAAUGGAGGAGGAUGAAGAGGAGACGAUGGAUCAAGAGGAAGGAGACUCAGCGGCUCCGUCUGACCCCCAGCCCGCUGCUCUGCCGGGCUCCAUCCCCGUCACUGACUGCCUGUUCUGCUCCCACCACUCCAAGUCACUCAUGAAGAACGUCGCACACAUGACCAAAGUCCACAGCUUCUUCAUCCCAGACGUGGAGUUCCUCGUCGACCUCAAGGGCCUCAUCCGCUACCUCGGAGAGAAAGUCGGCGCUGGGAACGUGUGUUUGUGGUGUAACGAGAAGGGCCGCUCGUUCUACUCGGCAGAAGCAGUACAGAGUCACAUGACAGACAAAAGCCAUUGUAAACUUUUCACAGAGGGCGACGCCGCCCUUGAGUUUGCAGACUUUUACGACUUCAGGAGCAGCUACCCAGACCGGAAGGAGGAAGAGGAUGCUGAAAUGGACGAAGAAGAUCUGCCCGACGACAAGACCCUGGAGUACGAUGACGAAACGCUGGAGCUGACGCUCCCUUCAGGCGCUAAGAUCGGCCACCGCUCCCUCAUGAGGUACUACAAACAGCGGUUCGGAGCUCAGAGAGCGGUGGCACUGACCCACAAUAAGAACGCUGUCGGCAGAGUCCUCCGGCAGUACAGAGCUCUGGGCUGGGGAGGAGAUGGAGGCAACAGCUUCCAUCAGAAGCAGAGAGACAUGCAGUACGUACAGAUGAUGAAGUCUAAAUGGAUGCUGAAGAUGGGCAUGAGCCACAACGCCACCAAGCAGAAGCACUUCAGAGUCCAGGUCAUGUUCUAAAGCGGGCCUGGAGGGAACCGAGCGCGGUGCGAAAUGUGACGUGAACUGGUGGGAGAUCUUUGCUAAACGCUGGUCGGCAGGAACAGAUAUCAGACAUGUCCACCUCGGCGGACUGCGUCAGUAAUGCUGUAUUGUGUGUAAAGUAAAUGCAGCCGAAACAUUGACGUGAUGAAAUCUUUACCAGCUUCUUGAAAUGUUUCCUACGAGGAAACCACCGCAGGACUCCAGGUCGAAGUUCUGCAGGCUCAUCGACUUCACCGCAAAAACAUCCAAUUAGGUGGAGAUCAAGGGCAUGAAUCAUAUCUCUAAAGUUAUUUGGAAACUCUAUGGAUCCUGUAAAGGCUACAGUAGAUCAAUAAUGAAAAGGUGGUUUUAUUAUUUUGCAGUCUAAUCAGUUACUAUUGUUUUAAACUAAUGACAGGAUUACAUGUUUAUGAUUCAAUGUGCUGAUAAUACAUCAACCAAAUAAAUGUGCUUCAUAUUUAUGGGA